CAGCUGUGUUCAACUAUCUGUGCUUGAAUAUUAGAGUCUCCAAUCUACAGUGCCAAAUUGGAUUUGGAACUGAGGAGAGUGUCUGGAAGUUCAAUUACAGGAUUAAUUUGACCCAAAUGAGCAGCACAGUCAUGAAGAUUGAUGGAGGAAGAAUCAGUACAGCUGUCCUUGAACAUGAAAACUGAUGGAGAAGGGGGGUGGCUAUGGUGGAGGUUCAGCUAGAGAAAGAGGAUGUCUACCCUCCGGGUCUCUUGAUAGCUUUCAGUGCCUGUACUACUGUGCUUGUUGCUGUUCACCUCUUUGCUCUCAUGAUAAGUACCUGCAUUCUGCCAAAUAUAGAGGCUGUCAGUAAUGUGCACAAUCUCAAUUCUGUAAAGGAGUCUCCACAUGAGCGUAUGCACCGGCACAUUGAGCUCGCCUGGGCAUUUUCCACUGUCAUUGGGACUUUGCUCUUCCUUGCAGAGGUGGUGCUGUUGUGUUGGGUGAAAUUUCUUCCACUAAAAAAGUACCCUCUUAAUUCAGUUCCUGACAAUUCUACCAUCACCCCAGGACAGGCAGCAGCCAUUGCUUCAACAUCUAUUAUGGUUCCUUUUGGAUUGAUUUUCAUUGUGUUUGCAGUCCACUUCUAUAGGUCACUGGUGAGCCACAAAACAGACAGGCAGUUUCAAGAAUUGAAUGAACUUGCUGAAUUUGCACGACUUCAGGAUCAGCUGGAUCACAGAGGCGACACCUUGCCACCUCCUGGCAGCCAUUUUGCAUAAAACUGUAAUUUUUUUUAUUUUUUUUGCUUCUGCCCUUGCUAUGUCGACUCCUCCAUGCAUGAACUAGCUGGACUAUUGAUUUUCUUUAAAGAGAGAUUAAUAAGUACUGUGCUAAUUUCUUACAGUAAAAGACAUCUUAAGAGACUGAUGUUGAGGUAUGGCUGUACCGAGCAUGCAUCUCUCACCCUUCUUAUCUGGAUUGUUUCUUCUUUAUGUUGAAUGGUGAAUAUAUCAGUGUGUAAGAGGAAUUACGUUUUAGGCCUUAGUAUCUGUUAGGGGUGGGAGGAAAGCCUUAUUUCUCUCUGUUUGAUGUUGGUGUUUGCGAGAGAGUAUUGCUUGUCCAGUACAGUUGCAUGGCACAAUACAAAUUACUUGGGACAUGUAGUAAUUAACAUUUGGUUUCAGUUCUAGUGCUGUGAUCUCUAAAAGUCUGAGGAAAGGUAUAAUUGAGAGCUUUUCCACUUUCCCUUUUUCGACUAGCUCCCCCAAUCAUGUUUUUCUGACAAGUAAUUACUUUACUAAUUUCUAUGGGGCCUUUUGCCAUGGCAGCUAUAAACUCUUACCCUCCAGUUACCCAUGACCAGUCCUCUUGAUGUGGUAUGAUCCACAUCUGUAGGAUUGAGGCCCUAACUCUAUUCUUCUUUUGGGAAGAAAAAAUAGAGACUAGCAAUACCUGCUUUAAUGUUUAUGUGAGCAGAUAUAUUAUCAGAAGUGAUAAAAUUGCCUGUUUUCAUUGAGGAAACAUUUAGAAAAAAAUAUAUAAAUCUAGCUAGAGAAAGUACCAUUAGAUUUUUUUUUCCCCCUUGCUUGAAAACUUGCUAAAUGGCCUUUCUCUAGCAAUAACAUACAUUGGUAGAGAUUUAACAGUAGAAUUACUGCUGCUGUUUUAAACCAAAGUAUAAAGUAUUUUGUACUUUUUAUAUAUAAAUAUAUUUUUGAAUACAUUCUCACAUAUAAUGGAUAAAGAUGCUUUAUCUAUGUGGGAAUCCCAAGUAAUUAGCUGUGCCUUGAUCUUGUUUGGUAGAAAAAUCUGCUUGCUCAAACAUUAUAUUUAAUGUAUUAAAAUCUUAAUUACACAUGAUUUUGCUUCCAAAAUCUUCUGGAAUAUCACUUACUUCUAUAUAGACUUAUUUAUGAAAACAAAAGAUUUUUAUUUUAAAUAGUAGUAUUGCUGCUUAAUUGUAUGACUUAUACAUCUUUUAUUGAAUGAAGUUACUGUUUUACCCUCAAGCUAUUGUGUCAAAUUCUAUCACCUUCUUUAAGCAAAAACUCCCACCAAACAAGGACUAUAAGAUUUGGUCUCAGUUCAUUCAGAAUUUGUGUGAUUCUAGAUACGUUUAAAAGUGAAUUGUGAUUUUUGGGCAGCAUUUCUCCUACCUUCAUUGAAGCAUGGAAAUAGGUGAGUUUGUUAGUGAAAAAUCUCUUAACCCGAAAAACUACCAUUUUGUGAUAUGUUCAGGUCCCAUGGAACAGUACGGGGAUCUCUGCUAAUAGCUAAUAUUAUAGAAUGUAAUCCAGUAAUUUUGUGAUGGUAUCAAAAUCAGUUAUGGCCUAAUUAGAGCUGUGCCUCUUUGACUUCAAGUGGAGCUGUGCUCACUUAUGUCUACAUUUAAUUUAGUCAAUUAUACCUGGCCUCUUUGCCAGAUGAAUUUAACUUGCUUUACAAAUUAAGGUCCUAAUUUUGCAAACACUGGAUCCUGAGGGUAUUCUACUACCAUGAAUAGUCCUGCUUGCAUCAUUACAACUGACUUAUUAGUGCAAGCGCUAUAUACCGAACAAGAUGUGUUGGUAAGACUGGACCCAAAGCAUAAUUUGUUCUGAAAAAUUACUUGAAAAGUGGCUUGAGAGUUCUGUGGCUUAUAUCAUUGUGAAAUUUUUGCUCCUAUUGUGCUCUGUUCUCAACCACAAAAUAAUUCUUCAGUUGCCAACCCCAGAUUCUCCUGGAUCUGGAAGCCAGACAGAAAUUCUCUCUGAUUUUGACAUUAUAGGUUGAAACUCUGUAGUCUGGCACCCUUGGGAUCUGACUGGUGCCAAACCAGUGAAGGUCAAUAUUGUCUAGCUUCAUUACCAACACUUUAGCUGCUUACUGGGCUCUUACAAGAAAUUAGACCAUUUAAAAAAAAAGAGCACAGAACACAGAGAGCUAGGAAUGGUGGCUGUAAACAAACUUUAUGGGACUGUGGUAAACUUGGCCAUACUCAUAAGUGCCUGUAAUCAUGCUGGACCUCAUAUGUUGCCAGACCAGAGAGUACCAGACUAAAGAGGUUCAACCUAUACCAGUUUUUAUUUUUUUUGCUGCCGAAAUAUACUGUUUGAUUACCAGAAUUCCACUCACUGUUCCAUAACUAUUGGUUUGUUCCUGCAGUGCUAAUGAGAUUAAAUUAGUAAAAACCUUAUUUGGUAAACAGUAUUCCAAAAUCUAAUGAAAAUUUACCAGCUUGAGCACAAAACCCAGUUGCCCCUCCUUUACUGAGUUGUAGACAAUGAUACAUCUAAUACCACCUUCCUUACCCUGGGAAAGUAGAUUUUUAGAAUACUGGAGAAAAUAUCUUAAAGGGACACUAUCAAGUUGAAAUAAAAUUACACUUGUCUGAAAGCUUUGUACUUUACAACAUAUUUAUAACUCUUAAAAUUACUACAGAUGAAGAGGAUAGAAAAUUAAAUAGAUUUCCCUCCCCUCCCCCCACACACACCACAUAUGUGUGUCAGGGGAGAGGGGGCACUUUCAUUGUUUCUCCUGUAAAGGUCACUUUCCCCAAAUGUCCCUCUUUCACAAAACAAUAGGAGAGGAAAAUUUAAAAAAUGCGAAAUGUGAGUCCGUAGAAUACAGGGUAAACAGGUCACCUUAUUAAUUUUUAAGCUGUUUGGAUUCACUUUAAAUUAGAGCUAUUAAUAGUCAUUUUUUCUGACCAUAACUGGACUUUAAGCUUUUAAUUUUCUAUAUGUGUGUGUUCCCCAUUCUUCAGCUGGGAAAUGGCCCCAAAAUUGCGCCUUGUGAAAGGUUACAUUUUAAUAGGCACAAAUAAAGAACAGAAUUCAUGAUGUCUAGUCUGCUCUCUCAACAGUGGAGUGUAUUCAAUUUUAUUAUGAUCCCUUGUUUAUACUAAUAUUAUUAAGAAGUGACUAAAAACAGUUUAAACACUGAUUACUGAAUAUUAUAUUUAGAUUUAAAAUUGGAAUAAAAUACCUCUGUAAUUUGUCUUUUCACCAAGAGAUCUGACAAACUUCUUGUUCUGUCACUGUCACUCAUUUUAUUCUAUUUAGUUACCCAAUGCCUGGAACAGUCUGAGUUUCAUGAAGAUAUCCUCUUUAGGUGUUCAGAGAUUCAUCAUUCAGAGUCUUGAGUGUAAUAUGGUUCAUGUCAAAACCCUUCUUUACUCCACAAAUCUCUUUCUACAUUAAAAAAAACUUCCUGUAGGAUCGGCGAGGAGUCCUGUGGCACCUUAUAGACUAACUGAAGU